AUUAGUCAUUACAAUACAUUUACUAAGAGUCUACAUUGAAAAUGGACAUGAAUUUUCACCCAUCGAAUUUUUAUCCGCCCUUGAAAAGGCUGGCAUUGAACCAAAUAGAGUUACAUACCAACGACUGAUAUUGCGAUACUGUCAACUAGGUGACAUAGAAGGUGCUAGUAAAAUUUUGGAGUUUAUGAAAGAAAAGGAAUUACCUGUCAAUGAAUAUGUGUUUAACUCCCUGAUCAUUGGUCAUGCACGAUCCAAUGACAUGGAAAGUGCCCAUGGUGUCCUGGGUGUGAUGAAAACUUCUGGACUGACUCCAAGUGCAGAAACUUAUAUGAAUUUAAUGGUUGGCUAUGCUGAAAAGGGUGAUAUGGAAAGCCUAGAAAAAGUCGUAAAGGAAUGUGAAUCAUCAGAUAUUUCGUUGCAGAAUCGUGAAUACAUGGAAGUUAUUUAUGCUUUGGCUUCCAAGGGUCACAGUCAGCAUGUAUCUGUAUUCAUUGAAAAACUGGAAAAGGUCUUUGGAUACCAACAAGAUGCAAUGAACCUGAUUUAUCGCCUGAUUAAUGCAGGCUGCGAUGAAGUUGCUUACCAGAUGUUUGAAACCAUGCCAGUACCUCAAAAUCAUGAGGGGGAAAUUGCUCCUGUCGGAACUUUCUUUUUAAGACAACUCAUUAGGUCUGGCUUGUAUUCAGUUGUUACUAUAGUUCAGUACUGUCAGAAAAUGAAGAGAGAAGGGUUGAACCUGUACGCAAUGGAGAGAUGCCUGCAAUUCGCUCUCUCAAUGGGAAGGCCAGAACUGGCAUUGCCUCUCAUGCGAGUGAUUGUGGAAGAUGGAGGCACUGUGAGGUCACACUAUUUUUGGCCAGUUUUUGUACAAUGCUCAAAUGAAGGAGAUAAGGAAAAACUGUACAGAACAGUUUCAGAAAUGUUAGCAUUAGAGGUCCCUGUGAGCCUUGAAACUUGCCGUGAGUAUAUCAUGCCCUCACUUUUGGAGAAGGAUAAGGAUGAAGAGCCGGUUAUCCUGAGACUUAAAGAAAGUGGAUUGAGUGUUGGUUCUAUCAUUAAUGGAUCUGUUGCAUAUUACCUAGGAGAUAAUGACAUAGUGUCUGCAGCCCAUUUGUGUAAGUAUCUUACUGUUUACUUUAACGCAAAAUAUAUUAGGCAUUUAAUAUUCAAGAGCAAGGAACAAGAAUAA